CACUAAACCUUCCAGUCAAACGUUUUUCUCAUUAUUGUUAUUAGAGAAAAUAAAUUGUAGACUCCAGCCACAAUAAUGUAAAUUAACAAAAUCUUUUUUUAAUGAUCCAAAUGGAGCUGGGUCUGUGCCGAACCUCCAGUUGGUGGCAGUAACCCACCAGUUGGUCCCGGUCCAACAUCAGAGCAGAUCAGGUUCUGAUGGUGCAGGAGUCUGAAACAGAUCAGACUAAAUGAAAUCCAUCAUGUGUUGUGAUUAAUCCAGAGUCGGAGCUGCUCUGUAGCCGUUGUCCUGGUGGCUAACAGCGAGUUAGCACCGUUAGCCUGCAGCGGCUAACUAAUUUUCACAUUAAAAGUCGCUUUUAAUCGCAGCUGCAAUGGAAACAACGGCGACGAAAAGACGAGACAACAAGAAAUCCCUGCGGGUUAAAGUCAUCAGCCUGGGGAACGCCGAGGUGGGGAAGAGCUGCAUCAUCAAGCGCUACUGUGAGAAGAGGUUUGUUCCAAAGUACCUGGCAACAAUCGGUAUCGAUUAUGGAGUCACGAAAGUUCAGGUCAGAGACAGAGAAAUCAAGGUGAACAUCUUCGACAUGGCCGGACAUCCCUUCUUCUACGAGGUGAGACAUUUCAGGACGUUACAGGCGACGGUCUGGGUUCUUUCAGCAGGUGGAGGCGCAGCAACUCGCUUGUCCUGCUCUGUGUUUCAGGUCCGUAACGAGUUCUACAAAGACAGCCAGGGAGUGCUGCUGGUGUACGAUGUGGGGCUGAAGGAGAGCUUCGACGCCCUGGACAGCUGGCUGGGGGAGAUGAAGCAGGAGAUGGGCUCUCAGGCCAACAUGGACAGCAUCGUCUUCGUCGUCUGCGCCAACAAGGUGGACCUGACGAAGCGGCGGGUGGUGGAUGAAGGUGAGGGUCGUCUGUGGGCGGAGUCCAGAGGGUUCCACUACUUUGAGACGUCAGCCCAGAGCGGCGAGGGCAUCAACGAGAUGUUCCAGGCAUUCUUCUCCUCCAUCACUGACAUGUGUGAGAACGGCGGGAAGCGGCCGGUGUCAGAGGUCAGCGUGGGCUUCACCAAGGAGCAGGCCGACACCAUUCGACGCAUCCGCAACAGCAAGGACUCCUGGGACAUGCUGGGGGUGAAGCCGGGAGCCACGCGGGAGGAAGUGAACAAGGCGUACAGGAAGCUGGCCGUCCUGCUGCACCCGGAUAAAUGCGUCGCCCCCGGCAGCGAAGACGCCUUCAAGGCGGUGGUGAACGCUCGCACCUCACUGCUGAAGAACAUCAAAUAACAGAGACAGAGAACCACCAACAUGUUUGUUCCUUAUUUAUCUGGAUAUUUACUCUGUCUCUGUGCCACAGUGCUGUUUGCUAACCCUUAACCUUUAACCUUUGACCUUAGAACAGGCAGGUCUGACGAUGAGGACGGCAGAGUCCACCAGAACCAACCAGGUCCAUUUAGAGCUCUGAGUCUGUGUCGCUGUUUACAGAAAUAUGUGAAUAUUAUUUAGAUUUAACAUCUUUCAUCAGUAAUUUAAUUUAAAUAUUUUCAUUCUUUGCAAAUGUUUAUAAAAGUUUCCUGUUUUUUGUACAGUUUUAAAAUUCCUUUACAGUUAUAAUUUUCUCCCAUAACAUUGUAAACAUGUAUAUUUUAAAAUCUAAAUUAAAUAUUUAUUAUCUUAACAUCUGAA